AUGGUACCUAUACGACAUCAGAGGAAGAAACCUUACACUUUCAUAAUAAAAAUCAUGGAAAAGGUUCUGGACAUUAGAGCUACAAUCCUCGAAAAUGCUCCCUUGCACAGGAAUCAACAUGCCUACCGCAAGGGACAUUCCACAGAGACCGCCUUGCUCGAUCUCACCGACAAGGUCGAGAAGGCCAUUGAGGAAAAACAAAUAGCUCUAUGUUCAUUUCUCGACAUUGAGGGUGCUUUUGAUAACACGCCCAUAGAGACCAUCUCACAGGGACUCAUCCGCAAGAAAGUGGAUGAAACCACCACUCAAUGGAUCAAAGCAAUGCUCUCAAAUCGAACAAUUAAAACUACUCUUCAUAACAGUACGUUAGAAAUCCGACCUACCAAAGAAUGCCCUCAAGGAGGUGUUUUAUCGCCACUGCUGUGGCUACUAACGGUAGACCAGCUCUUAGAUGUUAUGACCAAAAACCAAGGUGGUACAAGGCUACGCAGACAAUUUAGUAGUCAUGGUCAGAGGGUUCUGUGCAACAACCAUAUCAGACCGCAUCCAAAGAGCACUAAACAUCAUAGUUAA